UUUUUAAAUCUCUAUAAAUUUUAACAAAAUGUAAGACGCGCAUUGUAUUUUUUUAUACAUAUUCUAUAUAUUUGUAAAGUCUUUGAAUUUGAAAGAGGCACCUAAUAUAUUCGUGAAAAAUUACCCUCUGCCGCAUGAAGACUCAAUUGAAGACUCAAAUGAAGACUCCAAUCAAGACCGAAGCCAAGGAUCAUUUCGGAAUAUAUUUUAACUCUGGCAUAAUUGACACUGUAAUUUGAGAUUCAGAAAAAUUGUUGCUUUUAAUUUAUAAGAUUAUUCACUUGUAGGUAUGUUAUUUUGUAAAAUAAAGUUUUAUCGUAUUUUUAUCGCGUUUACUGCUGAGACAUAUGCAGCUUUACGCGAUUCAACGUUGUUCUUUACAUCCCUUUUCGCGUUCACGUAUCAGCCGCGGGCAGGAUGGAUCUCUCAUCUCCUGAAGAUUAUACCAUCGGCUCGCAACUUUUGAAACCAUUAGUAUUUCUAGUUACUCCUGUAAAAGAUAGAUUCUCUCGUAAAAGAUAAAGGUCACAUGGCUAGCGACUUAGAUUUCAAUAGCAUUUCGUAAAAUCACGCCGUGCUUCUGCGUCACCAUAGCUCAUAGCGCGACGGGCGUGUUGCUGAAUAACAAAUUCGUCAUGAAGAUGCUUCACGGAUUCUAUGCGGCCCCGGAACUGGAUCUAAACAAGCUGUUGCACUUCUACAAGUUUACGGACAACAGAGAGUUUGGCCAGGGCUGCCCGUCCGUUUCGAGAUCAGAUUUCUACUCCCACAGCCGCGUAAGAAGCGCUUAUCCAAAGGGCAUGUUUGACGAAAAUAAGCCGUUCAGAUGUCCCAAGUGCGGUCGCGGCUUCACUGUCAAGGGCAAUUUAACCAGGCACUUCAGGUAUGAGUGCGGCCAGGCACCACGCUUUAAGUGCCCGUACUGCGAAUUCCGUAGCAAGCAGACAUCUAAUGUAAAGUCCCACAUCAGAAGCAGACAUCCAGGUCAAAAAAAUUUUGUGGAUUGCUGUAAGGAUCAACAAUGAAUAAAUGAACAUUGUGACCGUGCGUGGAGGCGUUGCCUCUCUUGUUGGAACAGCAGAUCACCGCAGCGAAUAUGCGAUUGACAACCGCUCGGGGAAUCACACUUGUGUCUGAGUCGGGCGAACGUUUGCAAUUGUCUGCAAAAUUGUAAUCUCAUCUCAUAUGCUCGAAUUCUAAUGCAAUAUUUUUUAUGUAUAAUAUUAUGUAUGUAUAAUAUUAGAAAAGGAAGAAGCUGGAUGCGUUUCUUUUUCACGAUUCUUUCAUCAACUGAUUUCGCAUGAAUAUGGCGUUAUAUAUGAAUGCUUCUAUUUAUUAUUUAUUAUUUUUUAUUAUUUAUUAUUUAUUUUUUAAAUGUUAAUAUAUUGAGAUAAUACAUUUAUUAUUAUUUCUUGUUUUAAAGAAUUUCACAGACACUGUGCGGUUCCCUUGUGUCGCUUGUCAAACUCGCUUCAUAUCGGACGGAUGUUUCAUAUAUAUCGCAAUACUUGAUCUCGUCGUAAGAUGCGCUAUCGAAGAAGCACAAACGACGAACCGUGCGAGAUUCGUAGCGUCUGAAAUAGUGGGACUCAGUAUUACCGUCAGAUAUUCUCUCCGUCUUUACACGUUACGAAAUAUCUCCAUGCUUAGCAGUUAAAGAGCCGGCGCGCGGAGCCGUCACGAUGUGAAAGAUGUGAUAACAUCGUUGAAAUAAUUAGGAACUGUUAUACAAUCAAUAUAUUAGGCACAUAGCCUUGUGUGACAAGGGCUUAUUUGGAAAAGAAACACUUAGUGCAAGCACAUUCGGAGUUUUGGCAUUCGCGCGCUAUCGAAUAAGCAAUCUUUCGAUUAUUAGGAGCUUUAAGAGAACCGUAUGUUUUUUAAAGUAUAGCUAUGUAAUUUUAACAAUUCAGGUUGUGAGGUUGACAAUGUGACACGAGGAAACAUUCGCGUGCGUCUACAGUAAGAUCGAUCAGGCUGAAUGAGAGACUGAGAACGAUCUAGGAAAGGAACGAUCAUUAUACGUUAUCAUUAGUGAAGAAUUGUUGUUGCUUUUAAAAUCGACGAAUCGGAAUUGUUAUAGCGCUCGUUACGCCAAGCGAUCGUUACGCGAGUUACGGAUGUUCAUCAUGAAGACUGAAUUGUUACUAACGGAAGCAGAAAGUCUGAAAGAACAGGGUUUUCAAGCGGUCGGAACAAACGUAUAGUUACCUUUUGUUCAUUGAUCGAUUUAGAACCACGCGUUGUCUUUCUUCGUGAUUUUGUUCUCACACGAAGACGCAUCAACACACACACACACACACACACACACAUACACACACUUCAAGACAUUUAAUAGACAUAGAAUGUAUUUGUCCAUCAACAUCGCGGAAAUAGAUGGAAGCAUUGUUCUUCGUGUGGUGGAGGCAUUGCUGUUGUCAUAGAAUCAGUUUCCGCGUUUCGAUUGUCGCGAUACACUUGUCCCGCUUUCGUUCGCAUUUGUUCGCGUAUGCGCAACGGAAGAGUCCUUAGAGACACGUUAGUGGCCGACUGUUUUUGUUGCUGUGAUAUAAUUAUUGAUCGUGUAGCAAUAUAAGUAUAUACAUAUAAUUGAGCGUUCGCGCUCGGCCGCGAUGCGAAUACACGUGUUAAACAUGUUGAUCCGUCAACGCAUGAUAGAGAUCAAGUUGUACUUUGUACGUUCCGUUAGGUCUUUAAGUUCUCUGCAUAUGAAACUUUAGGAUGUUUCGAGUUUUCACGAGCAAGGGGUUUUACUAAUUUCGAGAUAUUUUGACGAUUUCCUGAAUUGACGAUUGUAAGCGAUUAUCCAUCGCGCCAAACUUUAUUAUACAAUGUGCGUCAAGGUAUCUCUGCGUUUUUUCGUCGAUCAGGAAUACAACGCAUUUUCAUCUCAGUCGAUUUAUUAACUUAGCGAUUUCUCGCGAUACGUUUUAUAAUCGUAUAAAAUCGCUGUGGAAGUGUAAAAUAAAAAUAAAUUGAUGUUCGGACACCCCACCUGCCAAA